UAAACAGUUUAAAAGGAACUUAGAAAAGCUACCUAGGAAUAAGCUCAAGCUUCAAACACCCUUAGUUCAACUUCAUCCCCGAGCGUUCUGUCGCCGAGCAACAUAUCGUUUCUUCCUUAUUAUACUUUUUUUCUCCCCUUCUUCUACAAGCGAUUGCGUAUUCUUCGUCAUGUCCAGUAAUCAGUUUUUAAUCCUCGAUUCCUCUCGCGCUCCAGCUGACCCCUCCGUCUCGUCCGAUGCGACAGCGUCAACCAACCAAACACCAAAGAAAAAACAUCGCCCAGGACGAAAGCACAAGAAAGCAAGACGGAAGUCAUUCGCUGCUCCCCCAGAUAACAAUCCGGACGAAGAUACAACUCCGUCCAGCCACAGCGGAGACGGAGCUGGUUUCUACAUGCGUGGGAGGAACCUAAGCAAUACAAGUAUCGACAGUGAAGCACUUCUUCUUGACCACAGAGAACAUCAUUAUCCUCGCCCGCGGCGACCCUCCACUCUCGCGGCCUCCCUUCACAUGCCGCAAUCGAAUCGGUCGCGCAUAAUGCAGGCCAGCCAGAGCCACGGGUACGAGGACAUGCGGGAAGAAAAUAGAGAGACGGUACCUUUAUUAUCAACCUCUCCUCGCCAGGACCUGCCAAGGUCGCGAGACUACGGCUCACGAGACGGACGACGACGAAACGACACAUCCGCAAGCAGUCCCGCUUCCAGCAGAUCAGGCAGGAAGUCACAGAGAGCCCCCAUGACACCAUCCGAUCGAUAUAACGUCAAUUAUCCACCUUCCAUCCCAGGAUCGCCGACAUUGGGCCCUUUGGAUCCCCUUGCAGAGGAUGCUACUCGACGUAAUAGUAUACUCGAACUAAACAAUACCCAGAUUCGCGAUCAGUCACCUUUCGACAGGCGCCAUACCAUCACAUUACAGGCAGAGGAAGAUGUCUGCUUCCCUCAAGAGGAAAUGUCGGAAAUGGCCGACGAGGACGCUCAGCGAGUUCGCGGAGAUCGCAACGUUCGGACCCGGCGUAGGAGACGAAACAAGUGGCCGGAUUUGGCCAUACUCGAAGAAUGGUCUAGGAUAGAGAAGGAGGACCGUAGCGAAGAACGACGAAUGAAGAGAAUCACAGAGCCGCAGUUAAUAAACGGUCGGCUACGGCCGGUUCAUAAAGGCUGGUAUCGAAUAGAGGAAGAGGCCCCGUAUCGAUUCACCUACUUCAACGAGGAAUUCCAAAGCACAAUCCACAGUCAGACCAUAUCGGAGCUUGUCCAACCAGACGCAGGUUUCAAAGAGCUUUUCCUACCGGACCCUCCACUUCUGUCUGAUUCGUCCGACGACGAGGAUGACGACGAACCUCUUACGCAAGUCCCUAGUGCCACCAGGAACGGCGGCGCAACGACCAGAGGAUCCUCUCGUCAGCCAUCUUUUAUACCAAACCAUCCAACGUCCGAUCACAACCUAGGUCCCACUUCUAGACAGCAGGUGUCGACUUCGGCAAGCUCUAGGAAUAAUUCAGGCAACCCCAGUCCAAGUCCAAUGAGGUCGAAAUCCUCAUCCUCCGGUAUCAAAUCACCUCUGAACCGUCUGGAUGGAGAGAAGAAACCGCGAUACGGCGAACGUCCCGUAUGGUGGUUGGAUGUCUUGAACCCCACGGAAUCAGAGAUGAAGGUGAUUUCCAAGGCAUUCGCGAUUCAUCCUCUGACCUCGGAAGAUAUCAUGCUCCAAGAACAGCGUGAGAAGGUUGAACUGUUCCGAAACUACUACUUUGUUAAUUAUCGAACAUUCGAUCAAGACGCCGAAUCAGAGAGCCACCUAGAGCCGAUCAACAUGUACGUCGUGGUGUUCCGCGAAGGUGUUAUCUCGUUUCACUUCGGCCAGACCCCGCACCCUGCCAACGUCCGGCGCAGGGUUCGCCAACUUAAGGAUUUCAUGAUCCUCAGCGCGGACUGGAUCAGUUACGCAAUUAUCGACGACAUCACGGACGUUUAUCUACCGCUCAUCCAGAAUAUCGAAGAGGAGGUGGACGAUAUCGACGACAAGAUCUUACAGUUCCAUUCUUCCUCUGAUCCAUCCAUAUCCCCCGACGAGAAGAAGCAGAAGGAUGACGAGAAAGGCACGGAGGCGAAUCCGGAUGAUGGCGGAAAUAUGCUUCGCCGCAUCGGCGAUUGCAGAAAGAAGGUCAUGACUCUAUAUCGACUCUUGGGAAAUAAGGCGGACGUCAUCAAAAGCUUUGCAAAGCGUUGUAACGAGCACUGGGAAGUUGCCCCGAGAUCCGAAAUAGGACUGUAUCUUGGCGAUAUCCAAGAUCAUAUCGUGACUAUGACGACCAACCUUAGUCACUAUGAGGUGAUCCUCGCCCGCUGCCACGCCAAUUACAUCGCGCAGAUUAAUAUCAGCAUGAACGAGCGACAAGAGAAGACGGCCGACGUCCUAGGCAAGCUCACCGUCCUGGGUACUAUCGUCUUGCCCAUGAACAUCAUCACCGGCCUCUGGGGUAUGAACGUCUGGGUUCCCGGUCAGGAGUACGAAGGCGAUCUGAAGUGGUUCUUCGGUAUCACCGCAGGACUACUCGCCUUCGGACUGGCGUGCUUUAUCAUCGCGAAGAGGGUAUACAACAUCGUCUAAAACGAAAAGAAAGAAAGAAAGAAAAAACUGCCGAUGUUCGAUAGUGUAUCUAGGUAUAUAUAUAUACCUUAUAUGUCACACCUUGUCCUA